UACUACAUGUACUGCGGUACAAACUAUGUGCAAUAUUAGCAAUUUUUGGCCGGAAGUGUUCCUUUAAUUAGGCCCCCUCGUAAAUCAUGCCCGGAAAAGUCCGUCACAGUUGUUCCCCCCGGGUGCUGUGGAAUCUUGGAAUUGAUUCCGGGGAAUGGUGACACGUGGCUAUGAGUGGGGCGGAGAGAUUGAUUUGGAGGAGGUGGUAACUGGUGAUGGCAGGGACCAAGAGGAGAACUGAGAGCGGAUGAUGUGGGGACGAGUCGGGUCAUCUCUGUGCUUCGUGUACCUGGUAUUCCAGCUCAGUUCUGCAUGCUCUCCGGGAAGUCGUGCAUGUGAAAAUGUGCCACAGCAGUCGCCUGUAGAUGCCUGGAUUUGUUCUAUGAUCGGCUCCUUGCUUGUGGGACUCAGUGGAGUGUUACCCCUUAUUGUAAUACCAAUUGAGACAGGUGCAGCACUCAAGUCUGAAGAGAACUCCCAAAGACUUAGACAACUUCUUAGUUUUGCCAUUGGCGGAUUACUUGGUGACGUGUUCCUGCACCUCCUGCCUGAGGCUUGGGCUUAUACCUGCAGUGCCACCACAGGUAGUGCUCAGUCUUUGCAACAACAGAAGCUCCUUGGGUUGUGGGUUAUCAUCGGGUUUCUUACUUUCCUGAUGCUUGAGAAAACAUUUACAGAGAACACAAAAGAUCAGGAAUCCAACAUUAAUUCAAAACAGAAAGUGGAUUCAGUGAAUCUCUCAAAUGGAAAACACAAGCUGAGUCAGAAGCAGCAGACUUUGGCACAGGCUCCUGCAGCUGCAAGCAUCAAGGCCAGUGGGUAUCUCAAUCUGCUAGCAAAUACUAUUGAUAACUUCACUCAUGGCAUGGCAGUGGCUGGUAGUUUUUUGGUCAGUAGAAAGGUGGGCGUUCUCACCACUAUAGCCAUACUUUUGCAUGAGAUCCCACAUGAGGUUGGGGAUUUUGCCAUCCUACUUCGUGCUGGGUUUGAUCGCUGGAGUGCAGCCAAGAUGCAACUCACAACAGCAAUGGGUGGCAUCCUGGGCGCUGGGUUUGCAGUUCUUGCACAGUCACCAAAGGGUGCAGGGGAAACGGUAGCAUGGAUUCUACCUUUUACAUCUGGAGGAUUCUUGUACAUUGCUUUAGUUAAUGUCCUGCCAGACCUCAUGGAAGAGAAAGAUGCUCGGAACUCACUGGUGCAGGUAUUACUGAUCAGCUGUGGCGUUGUGGUAAUGACAGUCUUGUCUCUGACAGUAACAUGAGUCACAAACCUCCAAAGACGAGCUCACCCAGCAAAAAGUAGCCAGUACUCUAUACACUACAUGAACUAGUCACAACCCAGAGGCACUCCUAGAGGAGUGUCAUCCUUAUGGUACGGCCAUCUGCAACAGUGCACUGCAAGGUACUGCAAAUGUGCCAAGGUACAACAGCAAGCAAAAGAAGCGUGAAGGCUGCAGCAAGUUAUUACCCUGCUUCGCCUUUCACUGUGGGUGCUGGAAUAUUUAAGAUGAUUACCUACACUCUGCAAUGUAUUUACCAUGCUAUGUGUGUGCUUCAAAUUAGGUUUCCCUUUUUGUGAAGAUGAUAUGAAUCCUAAAGAAUUUGCCAGGGCUAAAUAAUUAUUCUGCUUAAAGGGAUACUAAACCCAAAUGUUUUCUUUCAUGAUUCAGAUAGAGCAUGUCAUUUUAAGCAACUUUCUAGUUUACUCCUAUUAAUUUUUCUUUGUUCACUUGCUAUCUUUAUUUAAAAAGCAAUAAUGUAAGCUUAGGAGCCGGCCCAUUUUUGGUUCAGACCUGGGUUACUCUUGCUGAUUGGUGGCUAAAUAUAGCCAUAAAUUAGCAAGCUCUAUCAAGGGUGCUGAACCAUAUAUGGGCCAGCUCCUUAGCUUAGAUUCCUGCUUUUUCAAAUAAAGAUAGCAAGAGAUUGAAGACAAAUGAAUAGGAAUAAAUUAGAAAGUUGUUUAAAAUUGUAUUCUCUAUCUGAAUCAUGAAAGAAAAAAUUGGGUUUAGUAUCACUUUAAGGUAUCAUCCAAAACCCUUCAUAUAUUUAUACUAAUCAUAGUCAUAACCAUAUCAACCAGGGAUACGUAGUAGAUGGUACCAAAGCUUUAACAUUGGAGCACAGACUUCACUGCAUCACCGUAUCUGAAGUUUUUUUUAUUGUUUUUCUUUUUUUUUAAUUAAGCAGUCUCUAUUUUAAAGUAAGACCCCAGAAGCAAAGAAACAGUAUUUGCUAUAUUACUUUUAAUAAAAUAUAUUUUUAUUAGCUAAAUAUUAAUUAUAAUAAAAAAAAAAUAGAUACAUUAUUUAUAGCACCUUCCUGCAGAUUGGGGUAACACACUACACUGUGUUUUGUUUUUUAACAAACGUCCCUUUGUGCUUACAUCACAGCUCUUGCAGCCAAUCAGAGGCAUCUAUAGUUUAUAAUGCAACUGACUGAGGACAAGUAUGUCACUUUGGUGGCACACAACAUUCUGUCUGUUUUUGUACAGCAAGACCGACCUAAUAGUACUGUGUAUAUUUUGUAAUUGAGUGUUACACUCACUACCCUAAAUGAAAACAUUUUGUCUUGUGCAAUGCUUGUUUAUCAAAUGCAAUUUAUAAAAUAUAUCAAGAAUUUUGCUUCCUAUCAACAAGCUUAAAAGGACAUUAAUCUCAAAAUGUAAGUCCCCAUAAACUGCUUAAUAAUAGAAAGUGAAACUUUGUAAUACACUUAAUUUAUUCUGCCUGUUUUUGCUAUAACCUGAAAAUUGUAGUGAAUUUUAUGGAAUGCAAAACCAUGAUCCCAUUACAUGCUGCACAGUGAUUGCUUGAUAUGUGCAGGGCUCAUUUACAUCUAUCCAUCAUUGAUUGCAGAAAAAAAAGAGGAGAUGAACACACUUAAGACAUUUUUUAGGGGGUUUCCCUGACCUGGAAGACGUAACAAAUUCUGCUAACAAGAAUGCUUUUAAUACAUAUUUAUUUUGUAUUCAUAUCUUUAGGAAUGCAAAGCUAAAAGGGACAUUCAAAGUCAUUUUUUAUUGUUUCAGAAAUUAUUCACAGCAUUACCAAAGAUCUGCAUGCAAAAAUAAAUAAAUUAAUAAAUAAAAUCAAUAAUUUUGUUAAAAUGAUAUUGUUUCUCCAACAUAGGUGUGUCCGGUCCACGGCGUCAUCCUUACUUGUGGGAUAUUCU